AAGAAAUAUUCUAGGAAAUCCAUUGAUGUAUAUCUCCCUUCAAACCCAGUAAUCUAUAAUUGAAAUCAUAUAUGAAGAAUUUAACAUAAACUAACGGGUACUUUCACUGCUUGGCACUUGAUCGUACAGGUUCCUUGACAAAGCUGCAAUUCUAGAUGAGAACAGUUCAAAGGAUGAAAACAAAGAAAAUCCAUGGAUAGUUUCCACAGUGACUCAAGUUGAGGAGGUUAAAAUGGUAAUUAAGCUCCUUCCCAUUUGGUCUACAUGUAUCCUCUUCUGGACUGUCUAUUCUCAAAUGAAUACCUUCACCAUUGAGCAAGCUACAUUCAUGAAUCGAAAAGUUGGAUCUCUAGAAGUUCCAGCAGGAUCUCUAUCAGCUUUUCUCAUAAUUACCAUUCUCCUCUUUACCUCCCUAAAUGAGAAACUCACUGUCCCCUUAUCUCGGAAACUCACCCACAAUGUCCAGGGGCUCACAAGUCUUCAGAGGGUUGGAAUUGGACUAUUUUUCUCCAUCAUUGCCAUGGUUGUAGCUGCAAUUGUUGAGAAAGAAAGGAGGGGGAAUGCAGUAAAAAAUAGUACUGCAAUAAGCGCCUUUUGGCUGGUACCUCAGUUUUUUCUGGUGGGUGCGGGGGAAGCAUUUGCCUAUGUUGGACAACUAGAAUUUUUCAUUAGGGAGGCUCCAGAGAGAAUGAAAUCAAUGAGCACAGGACUUUUCCUAUCUACACUUUCAAUGGGUUAUUUUGUCAGUAGCUUAUUGGUGUCAAUCGUGGACAAGGCAAGUAACAAGAGAUGGUUACGGAGCAAUCUGAACAAGGGAAGGCUAGAUUACUUCUAUUGGUUGCUUGCAGUGCUAGGAGUGCUGAAUUUUAUAUUUUUUCUGGUUCUGGCAAAGAGGCAUCAGUACAAAGCUCAGCAUGGCAUACAGCCUAAUAACGGUGCAGAAAAAGAGCUUGUGCGUACAAAUGAUGUGAUAGUUGGAGUUGAUGGAAAAGAAGAAGCAUAGGAUACAGUUUUAAAAUCUCAAUUUGUUUGACCGAAUAUAUGGUGUGGAAGAACUAAACACUGUGCCCCGAAUUUGUUUAUUUUGAUGUACUGUUAUGCACUGUUAUGUAUUCAAAGAUCAAAAAAAGACAAACAACAUUGAGAGAUGUUUCCUGAAGAAAAAGCAAAUAUGAGAUGAAAUGUAAAUUCCCUGACAGAAAAUAUAAAUAAAUUAACCACUAGGCAGGUUUCACGA